AUGUGACUAUUUUGCUUGUUUAUUAACAUGACUAACAUAUACAUGUAUCACUAACAUGACUAACAUUGCAUGUGGCUGUUCCAGUUAACUCCCCACUAAUGUCCCCAGAGGCUCUGAAACCAAAUCCUCCAGCAAGGGUUAGGAAACCAACUCCUAUGAUCCGCCCUCAAACCACAUUUUUGCCUACUAACAACCAGGAAAACUUCCAACCUAAACAACUGUUAAGAAAAAGCCCAAGUCUCACUGAAGUUAAAGAAAAUGACCAACCUUCCACGCAGCAAGAUUUCAGAUCAAUUUUGAAAACACGGAAAUCCACAGAGGAAGUGUCGCCCCCUAUUGAGGCUCCAGAGAAACCAGUUGAUAGUUUGCGAAGUAUUUUAAAAUCCCCAACCAAAACUCCUCACUCCCCACCAUUCCCCAAAAAACAACCAGAAUCAAGCACUAAAUGGUAUGCAUCUCCAAUGGUGACACCUACAAGUCCUCAUCAAACCUUAGGUGAUAAGAUUGACAGAGAUGAUGUUGAUUCCAGUGAUUUAAAUGAAAACUUGCAUGCUAUAAAUGUUGAUAAUAUUUCCCUUUCUCCUGAUUCAUCAAUUAAAGCUGAAAAGCAUGAUUCAGCAGAAAUUGCAGCCUCUAUUCCAAAUUCUCCAGCCUCAAAUGUAACAGCCUCUUUUUCAAAUGCACCAGCCUCUCUUUCAGAUUCACCAACCUCUAUUUCAGAUUCACUUAACACUUCUCCUUCACAGAUAGAUAAAUCAACCUCACUUUCACCAUCAUCAGCCUGUUUUCCAGAUAAAUCAGCCUCUGUUUCAGAUGUGUCA